UCCAGAUGAGCCUCCUCACAUCUCAGCGGAGCUCGUGCACGACUCAAGCGAUGACUACGGGAUUAGAACAGAUUUUAUCCCGCUGUCUGAAACCAGUUCGCUUGGUUUGCGCUCGUUUUUGCUCCUCUGUCUUUUACUCGGGAAACACCAGACUAAAGAUCUCAAGACCUGCACGCUACACAUGAUUCCUCAAAACUAUUUUCUAAGGUGGUCCACGUUCUGACGUCCACUAUACGUAAAAACAAGAGGUUAUAGUGCGGUGAAGAAUGAGGAGGGGAAUUGGUUACUUACGAUGCAAUAAAACCAAACCAUAAUCUCUCAUUAUCACUAGAGAAUAAAGAGGAUUUUGUUUGUCGAAGAGAAAACAAAGGGAACGAUGGGGAGAAAGAAGAUCCAGAUCACACGCAUAAUGGAUGAGAGAAACCGACAGGUAACUUUCACAAAGAGAAAGUUCGGUCUGAUGAAGAAGGCGUACGAGCUCAGUGUUCUGUGUGACUGUGAAAUAGCCCUGAUAAUCUUCAACAGUUCCAAUAAGCUCUUCCAGUACGCCAGCACGGACAUGGACAAGGUGUUACUCAAGUACACCGAAUACAAUGAGCCCCAUGAGAGCAGAACCAACUCUGAUAUCGUGGAAGUGUUAAACAAGAAGGAACAGAGAGGCUGUGACAGCCCAGACCCGGACGCUUCAUACGUCCUCACGUCUCACACAGAAGAGAAAUAUCAGAAGAUCAACGAAGAGUUUGACAAUAUGAUGAGAAAUCAUAAAAUCCCGGCUGUUUUAGGCCAGCAGAGUUUCUGUAUGCCCGUCAGCAACCCGGCUUCCCUCUCCUACAGUACGGACAGCUCACUGGACACCCCGGUGUCUCUCAGCGGGACGGGCGUACUGUCCCUGUCCUCUAGUGGACUCCAGAACACCGAUUCUGCGCCUGUCCUGGAUGGCGUGCCGACUUCCUCCGUUGCCACACCUCCAAAUGGUGUUUACUCCCCUCCUGCGGCCAACGGCUUCAUCGGUGGUUCUGAAGGAAGAGCCGUACAGCAGAAAUCUGCAGGCCGGAGACCUGAGCUGAAAGUGCGCAUCCCUCCUGCUCGCAGCGGCUCUCCAGGGAGAGUAAACAGCCCCCAAUCCAGCCAAUCACUCAGCACACCAGUGGUUUCCGUGGCAACCCCAAGUCUGCAUCCCCAGGGCCUUGUUUACUCAGCCAUGACCUCAUCUUAUGAUACAGAUUUUGCCCUGAACAGUGCAGAACCAAGUACUUUACAUGGCUUCGGUUCACCAGAGUGUAUCACAUCAGGUCCAGGGUUAUCAUGGGAACAUUGUCAGCCUGGUCAACCGGGGUUCAGUACUCAAAGAACCACACAUCCACAACCCUUCGAUUCAAACUCAAUCAGCAUCAAAUCAGAGCCAACCUCUCCACCCAGAGAACGUGCCCACUCGCUGUACCCCAACAUCCACAUCGUGCCUCUACCCGACUCCAGACAGGAAUUCGGACGGUCUCCUGCAGACAGCUUCAGCUCCUCUGGCAGUUCAUACGAGGGUAGCGACCGUGAGGACCAGCGGGUGGACUCUCUCCCAGUUACUGCCACCCAGAGACAUGGGAGUAGAUCAUCGCCAGGGGCGGAAGACCAGGAUGACCCAUCGUUCAAACGCAUGCGAACUGACAGCUGGGUGACUUAAGACCACGACUGCUUCGAAGUAACAAUAAGUUAUGUUUUUGUCAACAUGUGUUGCAAAUAUGGGCACUGCUGUUGUAUCCUGCGUUGUGCAGCCAAUAAUGUGAAGACACGUACAGUACGUUAAAAACUGAGGUUUCUAUGAAGAGGAAAUAUUAAGACGGUUCUUGUAAUUGUAUAGUGGUAACAGGGUAAACAAACUAAAUUAUUAAGUGUCUGUAACUUAAGCUCGUUGCAUUAUUUACAAGCCAAAUGUAUCAUUUUAUCUUGUGACUCCUUUAUCAGAGCAACAUAAUUAUUAUUGACUGACACUCGCUGUUGCUCAGUGUGUUUGACUUGAUUCCCUAGUUAUGAAGUUUUAUAAGAACCAACAGCUGGUUAAAAUAGAAAAUGUAUGGCAUGGUUAUACAGGAAACUUUCAGGAGAACUUCAGGUAUAUCUGCUUUUCAAUCAACUGGCGAACUUCAAAGGAGUCCCGCAAAUGACACUUUUAGUUCCCCUAAAGUUUGUGGAUACUGGAUUGGUUCACGUAAAGGUGCUGUGUGUCAUUUUUUGGAGGAUCUUUGGAUAGAAAUGCAGUAUAAUAUACAUAACUAUGAGUCUUUAGAGGGGUAUAUGCUAUUUCUAUCUACAUACACUCGCAGGUCCCCUUACAUGGAAUUCGCCAUGUUGUCUGUACAGUAGCCCUAAACAGACGAACUGCUCUACAGAGUGCGUUUCGUACGUUAUCUCCUUCGACAAAAAAGUGGAAACGCAAUGACAUCUUAACUCUGUGUCAGCCACCGUAGUGCUUCGAAAGGGGGGAGUGAGGCAUUGAUUGCAAUUCUCAACCUCACCACUAGGUGCCGCUAAAAUCUCCACAUUGCGCCUUUGACUUGGCAAUACCUCAGUUUAAAUUUACUAUUACUAUUUUGUGAGAAACACAUGAUGCAACGUUUGUAAUCUAUUUUACUUUUAUAUAAUGAUGUAUUCUCUGCAUGAAACAAAUCAAUACUUAAACAAACACUAUUGGAUAACUUGAUCAAUUCUUCUUUGGUAUAAAGUGCAUGGGUAAAUAGUACACAUUAAGACCAGGAAUGUGCGUUCAGAAAGCCAAAUUUAACGUUUUAGUUAUAGCUGGAAUCCACCCCCUUUGCCUCUCUAUCGCCAUCUCUGUUUGAAACAUAGGUUACAUUACUUAUCCUUACAUGGAUUGAAAUCAAAUAAUGUCAAACCGACAUUUCCACAAUUUUUUUUAGCAGAUUCUUUAAUGCUCAGUAUGUGAUUUUGAACCAAAGGUUACAGAUUUAAGGGAUGAUUUUGAUUUCAUGUUAAGUUAAAAACCCGUGUAAGAGACUAUAAACACUUCUUAGUAUUGCAGUUUAGUUGUGAAUUAGAUGUUUGAUGAACUCUAUACAAUGUAAAUAUUGUAAAGUGGCUUUAGAAAUUCUGAGCAUUUAAAACAUAUGAAGCAUAAUUAAAUGUCUUUUAUAGUGUCUUUUAUAUUCUUUAUCCAGGCCGAAUGUAAUAGGAAUAUUGUAAUGGAACAGUGUUUGUACCAUAGGUCAAGUUGUACAGUACAAUGUAUUUAUAGUGUAUGGUUGUUACGUGACCAUCAAGAGCAAAUGUAGCGUUUUCAAUAUUUGCUGUUGAAGACUUCAUGAGAUGUUUGCCUGUACUAGAUGUUUUGCUAAUGGCGUGGUUUAUCUUGCAGAUGUUCUUCACCUUGGCCUCAAGAUCUUACAACAUGCCAUGUAAAAUCAUUUUUAAAGAUGCCAAUACAAUCCGUAGAACUCUUUUCUCAUUUUCAAAUUCACAAAAUCAAAAUGCUGAGACUCCUUUGUUGCUUAUACAGCAUAGGAAAUGGCAAUAAACAUCAUA